AUGGAGACGAAGAUGGUGAUCCUGUUGGUGUUGUUAUCGUCUCCUAUCUGCUGUAGAGCAGCCAGUAAGUUGCGUCUGUCGCUUCCACCCUCUGAUUCAAGUGUCCAACUGCUUCUUCCUGCCCAACAUCGCUCUGAACGGUGGAACAUACGAUGAGAUCGACACCCACGACCUCAAUGUCUGCUGUAUUGUCUGCGCCCGCGAUCCGUGUUGUAUAGCGUAAGUGCAGCCAUGUGUAAAGUUUACACUGUGAACUGUUUCCGGUUAACCGUAGCAACAUGUUUACUCGACAUGGUCAAGAAUUUAAUGGAAAUAUCAAAAGGAUAACUUGAAAAAAUAUUCGCUUUUAAAAUAGUUAAAAUUUAAAUUUUUGAAAAUUUUUAAAAAAAAGUUAUUUUCUAAUAAAGACUUCAAGACUACGUAAUACCCUGCUUUUAAGCUCAAACAGCUUUUUAGGUACACAUUUGACAGGUUCAAGAACCGGUGUUACCUAAAGCGGCCAUCACAGAUUCGGCCAAAACCCCCACUUUCACCAGCGGAAUCAAGGCCAAUGAAUUCCAAGGUAAAGUUUUUUUACAGUAGUUUUAACUCUUUAGGACAAGCUGGCAUUCUUCGCAAUAUCAAAGUGUACGGAGGAACGACGACCACCGUUAAGCUACCCAAUAACGAAGAUUGCAUGCAGUAUUGUACUGGUAAGUGAAUUUGUUUAGGCUACUUUUUUGCCUUUUUCAAAAUAUGUCAAUACAUAUAUUGAAAAGGUAAAAAAAUGCCACUACCAUUUUAAAAUUCAAAUUCUAGCUCUAUUUUAAUGAAAACUAUUAUUUACAUUACUCAAAAAAAUCAAAUGAAUAAACGAUAUGUUUAGCGUACGGUAUGUCAUCAUACUCUCCGCCGGUGGCUGGUAGUGGAGAAACCGACGGGGAAUGUGCUUGUAUGUCACGCAUCUCAUCAUUAG